AUGGAGGCCUGGAACGGCGACUUGAAGGGGAUUCAAAGGGAUGGGGUACGGUGGCGGCUAGACAGAGUAGCUAAAGGGUUGGAGCGACUGGAAAAGGCGGUGGCGAGACGGCGAGAGGCUGCAGCCCGUACCCAUGCACCAGCACAGGUUGACUCGUCUGUAGGCGUUGACUCGGUUGACUCGUGGCGGCUGCCAGCUGUGCGCAAGAGGAGGCAGAGGCGGUGGUGGGGUGGGUACACAAAGACGAGUAGUGGGUUCCCAGUCCUAGAGUCAUACGACUUAGCGGGGGAAAGGGAACUUGUGGCGGUGAGAGGGGUGGUGCAACCAGCGUGCAGUGAUGGUGAUGAUGGUGUUGCUGCUGUCACUGGCGGCAGUGCUAUUGGUGCUGGUGAUGGUGGUGGUGCUACCACUGCUGGCGGCGCUGCAGUGCUGGGGGGGAUGGCAGCACGUGGAGGGAUGGGGUGGCAAGGGGAUGGUGUGACUGCAGGCGCGGUGAUUGUAGAGAGACUUGACGAGAUGGUGUACUCGGAGCUCCACGCCCUCCUGGGAUGGCGUGUCAAGUCAGAGCAAGUCAACUUGUUCCGCUCCGAGGUUCCCUUCUGCCUGGCCGAAUCUUCAGACACAUCAGCUCCACGUGUCAGCAUCCCAUUGGCCAAGAACCCGUCCAAUCAGCACCCCCCUAUCCCUCUAGUCACCCUUCACUCCCACCUGCACAAGGCUCUGCCGCCCACUCUCGCCUCUGCCGCCCAUUUGAUCGCCGGGCGGCGCAUGCCCCUUGGGAUGCGGACGGAGCACCGGCCUAAACGAGACUCGAGAGGCGGCACUGCAGCGGCUGCAGCAGCAGCGGAGGGAGCACGUGCAUCGGGGAGUGAUCUUUGCUCUGGCUGCCAGCGCUGUUGCAGGCUUCAUGUGGUGGAGGUGAGUACUGGAGAGGGGGGUAGGUCUUAUGUGGUGAGCACGGGAGUGCUCUUUGCUCUGGCUGCUGCUGCUGUAGCAGGCUUUAUGUGGUGGAGGAAGUGUCGCAACGAGAGGCGGGAGCGGGAGUAUGAACAGCAGCACUAA